UUCAUUCAUUCAUGGACAAACGGGUGGAUAUUCAUAAACUCACUAAAGUUUAGAAAGAAAGUCUAGAAUUGCCCUUAUCCAUUCUCCUAGUGGACAUUCUUGCUUCCUGGCUUAAGUUACCUAGUUGAAAAUGCCCGAUGAAUGCAACCCGCCCCCCGGGUCAUAAUACUGCAAGUCCAUUCCUGAGAGUCCGCCGCUCGUUUUCCUGGAGCCGGUUAACAGAGUUUGAAUGAGAAGUGGUGCGGUGGCGGUAUUACCCCCUACGAGUUCGGCCAGUUGAACGGUUACCCCUCUGUCCCCAAACCUCUGUCCCUCUGUCUUUGGCCCUCAAGGACUUCUGGAGGAUGGACAUGUCUGGAAGUCCACAGUACUGCCGUCAUUUCCUGACGGACAACAGCACAUUUCAUGUUGAGCGGUGUAUGAGUGUGAUGCAGUCAGGCACCCAGAUGGUGAAACUGAAGAAUGGCUCUAAGGGUCUGGUGCGUCUCUUCUACCUGGACGAACAUUGUUCCUGCAUACGCUGGAGGCCCUCCCGCAAGAGCGAGAAAGCCAAGAUUACCAUUGACUCACUCUACAAAGUCACAGAAGGACGCCAGUCCGACAUCUUUCAUCGCCAUGCCGAUGGAAACUUUGACCCUGGCUGCUGUUUCACCAUUUACCAUGGCAACCACAUGGAGUCCCUGGACCUGGUGACAUCCAGCAUAGAGGAGGCACGGACGUGGGUGACUGGACUCCGCUACCUGAUGGCUGGCAUCAGUGACGAGGACUCACUGGCCAAGAGGCAACGAACACAUGACCAGUGGAUGAAGCAGACAUUCGAAGAGGCUGAUAAAAAUGGAGACGGACUAUUAAACAUUGACGAGAUCUACCAGCUCCUGCACAAGAUGAAUGUCAACCUGCCUCGGCGUAAGGUGAAGCAGAUGUUCCAGGAAGCAGACACGGAUGAGCAGCAGGGCACACUAACGUUUGAGGAGUUCAGCGUGUUCUACAGGAUGAUGUCACUGAGACGAGACCUCUUCCUGCUGCUCAUGUGCUUCAGCGAGAAGAAAGAUCACCUUACUGCUGAGGAGCUCGGCAACUUCCUGCGAGUGGAGCAAAAAAUGUCCAGUGUGACACCUGAGUACUGCCUGGACAUCAUCGGUAAAUUUGAAUUGUCUGAAGAAAACAAGGAGAAAGGCUUUCUGGGAAUUGAAGGCUUCACAAAUUUCAUGCGCAGCCCUGCGUGUGAUGUCUUUAACCCUCUGCAUAAUGAGGUUAAUCAGGACAUGGACCAGCCUCUGUGUAAUUACUUCAUCGCCUCCUCGCACAACACCUACCUGACUGGAGACCAGCUCUUGUCUCACUCCAAGACGGACAUGUAUGCCUGGGUGUUGCAGGCUGGCUGCCGCUGUGUGGAAGUGGACUGCUGGGAUGGUCCAGACGGUGAACCCAUGGUCCAGCACGGAUACACACUUACGUCCAAAAUCAACUUCAAGUCCGUCAUCGAGACCAUCAACAAAUACGCUUUUGUCAACAACGAAUACCCAGUCAUUCUGUCCAUAGAGAACCACUGCAACAUUCAACAGCAAAAGAAGAUAGCUCAGCAUCUGAAGGAGAUCUUUAAGGAGAAGCUGGAUGUGGGAAUGGUCCUCAACAGGGACUCCAAACAUCUGCCUAGUCCCAACAGUCUGAAGGGCAAAAUCUUGAUAAAGGGGAAGAGACUGCCCCCAUAUCUCUCUGCAGAUGCUGAAGAGGGGGAGGUGUCAGACGAUGACAGUGCAGAUGAGAUUGAGGAUGAUUUCAAACUGAAGAAUAGCACGUCCAAUGGCCCUACGCAGCAUUUGGUUGAGUCCCACAUCAGGAAGAAGUUGGACUCUCUGCUGAAAGAAUCUCAGAUAAGCGACAGGGAGGAUGCGGACAGCUUCUCUAUCAGAGCACUGCUGCGCGCCACACAUGAGGGUUUGCACAAAAACCUACGCAAGAAUUCCAAAGAGGGCUUGAAGAAGUCUCAUAGUCGAUCUUUCAUCAGCAACCUGAAACAGAAGAGGCACUCCAAAUCCAGGCUGAAAUGUCACAGUGUUGAUACAGACGACGAUGGGCAGCAAGAGUCAGCGGGACAGUUUAACAGGUGUGGAAGGAGGAGAAAGACAAUGAAGCUGAGCAGAGAUCUCUCUGACCUGGUCGUCUUUACGAACUCCGUAGUGUCACAGGAGUGUUUGGAUGAAGGUUCUAUAGUGAAUGUGCUGUCGUUCAGUGAGGCUCGGGCCCAGCACCUGGCCCACCAUCGGGCCGAGCGCUUCCUGAACUUUAACCAGCGCCAGCUCUCGCGGAUCUACCCCUCCGCCUACCGCAUUGAUUCCAGCAACUUCAACCCUCAGACCUACUGGAACACGGGCUGCCAGCUGGUGGCUCUAAACUAUCAGACUGAGGGCCGCAUGAUGCAGUUAAACCGGGCAAAGUUUAUGGUGAAUGGAGGCGUUGGCUACGUGCUGAAGCCCCCGCCCAUGUGCAAAGGUUCUUUUAACCCCUGCAGCGACGACCCUCUGCCUGCCUGUCCGAAGAAACAGCUGGUAUUGAAAAUCAUCAGUGGGCAGCAGCUGCCGAAACCACCUGAUUCCAUGCUGGGGGAUCGAGGGGAGAUUAUCGACCCAUUUGUGGAGGUGGAGAUUAUUGGUCUUCCGGUGGACUGUUGUAAAGAGCAGACAAGGGUUGUUGAUGAUAAUGGUUUUAACCCUGUAUGGGAGGAAACGCUGUCUUUCACCGUGCACAUGCCUGAGAUCACACUGGUGCGCUUCCUGGUGUGGGACCAUGACCCUAUUGGCCGAGAUUUUAUAGGCCAGAGGACGGUCGCCUUCAGCAGCCUUAUGCCAGGUUACAGACACGUGUAUCUGGAGGGGAUGACAGAAGCUUCUAUCUUUGUUCAUAUAUCAGUGCAUGAUAUCUAUGGGAAGUGGAGCCCCCUAGUGCUCAAUCCCAGCUAUACCAUAUUGCAUUUUCUAGGAACUAACAAGGGUCGUCAGUUGCGUGGUUUCCGUGGUCUGUUCAGCAAGAGCUCCAAGUGCUCUGUGGACACGAACGUCAGCGCGCCACCACGCAAGCGCUCCAUGAGUAGCCACCUGCUGCGCAGGACAGCUAGUGCUCCCGCAAAGGGCCGCAAGAAGACCAAGAAGGCGCUGUCUGAUACCUCGCUGGAUGGGAAGGACAGCAAUGGGGACCUUAAGCCACAGGCUGUGGGGAGGCGCAUGGGUCCCAGGAUGACCCUCCAGCACCGGCCAGCUUCCAUGCCCCUGGAGAAGAUCCUCCAGAGCCAGCUCACCCUCUCCUCUCCAGAGCACGACGGGCCUGACUUUGGUGCUGACACUAUAAUUGAUUCAUUCUGCUUGGAGACUCUCAGAACUGUCUCUGUGGAUCUUCUCAUUGAAAAGUCUGCUCACCAAGGGUCUGAUGACAUUGCCCAGUCUACUGAUCACAUCCAGGACCGAACCAAUGAGGUUGGAAAAAUAGGUGAAACAUCUUACCUGGUCAUAGGAGGAGGUGGUGAAACCAACACUGAUGAUAUCCACACAGAACCUCUAGAGUAUGGCUUCACCCAGCAGACCAAAGCUGAUGAUUUUCCUUUUCAAAGUCCUCCAGAAAGUCAUUUGAGUCUCUCAGACCAACCAGACCUCGGUAUUAGCUUGCAGACUGAGAGCUGCCAAAGGGAAACUCCCCAAAACAACAAAAUGUCCAAAGCCUGUUCUCUUUCUUCGUCUUCAUCUUCACGCAUCCAUGCCCUAUGCCCUCUUUCACCCAUAGUGCUUCAGACCAAUCAGCAGAGUCAGAUGUCCCUUCAGGACAGUGUUCUCUCACGCCUGAUUGAUGCUGUCUCCCUGGGCAAUGAGCAUGACACUUGUAGGUCAAUAUCAGCUCUAAUUAGUCAGUUUGAUGUCACUGCUGAACAGAGUGACCUAAAUCUAUCCUCAGGCUCAAGACCCUCUAAACUUUCUGUCUUACCUACAAGUAACCAAAUAUCCAGCACCCGACUAAAAGUGAUCCAGGAAUCUCUCCAGAAGGCCGCACAGCCUGUAGAAAGACCUGUCUCUUCUAGUCCUGAAACCACUGAACCAGCUGCCUUCACUAUUCUAGAUGAGAAGGUGCUCUCUCCAGACUCUUGGUGUGACCUUCCUGUUCAGCCUAUCUGCAAUGUCAAUAUAGCCCCAGGGGACAGCAGAGGUUCCUCCUCCAAGUUGCCUUUUGGAAGUAAGGUAACAGGUAAUGGUGGCUGGGGGCCUUAUAGAGAUAAAAGCUGCAGAGAUCAGUUCCAGUCCAAUGGAUCUUCCAGAAACUGGGAAUGUGGAGGUUACAGAGAAACCUCAAUAAACAGCACGACCUCAGACCGCUUCCUUAUGUGUCAUGAUUCGGCUAGCAGUAGCUUGAUGGAGGUGGAGAUCAACGUGGAUGAAGAUCCUCUGGACGCUACCAUGACAAUGGAACCUUUACAGCAUGACACUCAGUGGAACAGUGACCCUGAGCUCUUAAACAGCUCUUCAUUUCACAGACCAGUGCAUAAGCCAUUAUCUCCGUGCCAGAAUCCUUUUUAUGUAACUGCUCCAACAAGCAAAUCUUCAUAUAAACCCACUGCAAAUGCUUGCUCCACAGAGUCGUCAACAUUUCAUAAACCAUGCCAGCAUCUUUCACCACACCAGCCUCUUUUCUCCAGUGCUCUGCAUCAGCAUGGCUUCCCUGUCAGCAAGCCCACCUCAGAGCAGUUUAACAGCACUAAUGCUACCCUAAAGCAGAAGUUUCAGCCUGGCAGGAACAACAACGAAACUUCUAAUGACAGACAGCUGGAGACUAGGGACAGGAACGACUUGACCUGCAGGACACAGUGCUUCCGAAAUGGAUACGUGUCCAGGGAAUGCCUUCUAAGGACUCAAGGUAUGAAGCUUCAACAAGACAAAGGCUCCUACAUGCCUGAGUCUAAUUACGAUAUGAUCUAUAGCUCCAUGGAAUAUGGAGAUCGCUUUUGCCCUCCAAAGCAAUUCUCUCAGUCCUUGCAACAAAAUCAAUCUUUAAAUCCAACCCCUUCCAAGAUCUACAAUGGUAUCUACGUUGAUGAGUCUCCAAACCCUAAAGCUCCCAGUCCCUGCAAGUCCAAGAGCCUGGGUGACUUGACAUCUGAGGACAUCUCCUGCAACUUCCAGAGCAAGUACAAGGUCAUCAGCCGCAGUUUUAUAACUCCAGCCAUGCAAAACCAGAGACGGAUUGGUGGCCUAACCAACCAGCCACAGUUGAAAGAUUCACUGACUGAGCAGCUUCGCAAAUUAGUGGCUUUAGAAGAAGUGGACCGCCCCUGGCCCUUUCCAUCUCAGUUUCAGCCUGCCCCCAAACCUCUUUCAGUAAACCCCCCAGAUCCAGUCAGCUCUGUAGUUUCUACAGAGGAUCCAGAGGACCCGCCUCCCUUCCUCUCACGGAAGCUUUCCUCUCGCAGUCAGAGUCGUGUACGCCACAUAGCCAGCCGUGCCCGUGAGAGACAGCAGGACGCGCUCAAACUGCGACCUGCAGGGGGUGCUCCUGAUGUUAUGUUCCGCAAUAAGUCAGCUUCCUCCCAAAAUAUCCUCAUCAACAGGCAUUCUACUGGCUCCUAUAUUGCUGGUUAUUUUGAGCAGGACCGGGGCUUGCCUGAGGGUUCCUGCACAACAAUGCAUUAUAGCUACAGAGAUCCUUGUUACACUGAUGAUUCUGUGCUCCCCUCUGAUUCCUGCCCCCCCUCAGAGCCUGAAGUCUACUUUCUGCUGAGACUUUGACUUUGGAGUUCUUCCUGUUUUGCCUGUACACUUACUUGCUACCAAUGUGUAUUCAUAAGUCUGAAGCUGGACUAUUGUAACAGUGACUAAGGUUGUACUUGCUUGCUCUGAGAGCAGUACAGUGAUCGAAAAAUGACCUAAAUGGAAGCUUCCAGUAUUUUGUAAAUAGUACAAUACAUCACAGUCAGCAAACUGCCAGUUUUAGAUGCACUACACCACAUCUCUGUUUAUCUAGUCCCUGUCAUGCUUCUAAAUGUUCCUGUUUAAAACAAGUAUUUACUGUAUAAGGGGAAAAAAAGAUGGUGGUUGUUUUUUUUUAAAGGGAUUUUUGUCUUGGUCUUCUGUUUGUCCCUUUUUAAAUGUUAAUUAACAUCUUAUUCUUAGAGGGGCUUAUAUUAAAAAAAAAUGUUUUAUUCGGUCUUCCUAUGCCUUUUUGUUACUUGUAAGUUUGUAUAUUUUGUUAUUCCUAUGCCUUUUUGUUAUUUGUAAGUCUGUGUUUGUUCAUAUGUUUUCAAAUUUGCCUUUAUUUAAGGCCCUAUGGUUUUAAGUCUGAAACUGAACUGUGGUGUUAAUUUUCAUAAACAGCAUGUGGACCAUGGACAUCUUCAGCAUAGCCAUGCACAGAUGAGUAGAUGUGUCUGUGUCCUGAUUCUGCCUAGAACUGUUUGUUUGCUUUAUUCCACACAACACAAAUGAGAAACAUGCCUGCUCACGUUUGCUUGCUCUCUGUGUCUUGCUCUUUCUUAAGCAUGAAUUCAAAGAUUAUAAACACUAUUCAUAUUAAAGAAAAAAACUGUGAGGGUAAAAUUUUAUUUUUGUAAUUGCUUUGAUACAGAACAAAACUCACUUAUUGGUCUGGAUUUUAUUUUAAUUACAGAGGGAAGCAUUUCAUGGUAAACACACAAGUUGCCCAAGGAAAUUGCAGGUGUUGGUUACACAUUAGACAAAGCUGCAUUAAAACAAAACAAAACAAAAAGUUCCUUUUUGAUUUAGUUCCUGUGCAAAAGGCCAUCCAGACAGGGACUUUUCUUUUAUGGGUGCUCAUCGGAUGUCUAUGAGCAUUUUCCUACCAAUGCAAUAAAAUAAUAACAUUAUCAAACAAAUCAGUUUGUCUGU